GAGUGGCUGCUGUUGGCUGCGGCUGCAAAUACUGUACCCACCGCAGGGAGGGAAGGGAAGGGAAACCCCGCGUCGCUUUGCCUCUAUCUACCCCAGUUGCCUCCCACUCUUCCACACCCGCCUCCACACCUUCAUUCAGGCACGCUGCUCGUCUCGGCUCCACACACAACUCUGAAACUACUCUCGCCAUCGCGAGGAGUUAUCUAGAGCAAGAUCGAUGUCCAAUCCGUGACACGGCUCCCGUCGAACCCCUCUUAGUGGACGCUCACUCGUUAACGGAUGCGAGAAAGCAGUGAGGUAGCCGACUCCAACAGCAGGCGCUCCCGGUCGCACUGGCUCGACUUCCGGAUACCCUCGCUAGAGCGGCGUAAGAUGACGCUCCUCAUCGUCGUCCGCACCACUCCCUAGUUUGAGACCCCGGGAAGCGACUCUCUCAGACUCACCCAUACGCGCUAAUCGCCUCGCCUUCCGGACCCGUGUCCGCGAUAUAGAGUCUCCGCUGACGGAGUUGCCGAUUUGUUUUAGGGUUUGUAAGAACUAGUUGCAGGGGUAGUGCUUCUUGGGAUAUUUAUCGCUCGAUCGGGUGUCCGUAGGGAGAGUUGGUUAGUCCACACGCGUUAUACACCGGCGAUGGGUUCGAGCGGAAUGAGCGGAACGAAGGCGGGCGCGGAGCAGGCGGGGCGGCUGCGCGCGUGCACGUCGGAGCUGAGGGCGGCGGACCAGAUGGCCGCGGAGCGCACCACGUGCGCCGCCAUGGGGCUGCUGCACCCCAGCGCGCCCCGCUUCCGCCUCUGGAACGGCGUGGUGCACGUGCUGGUGUUGUGGUCGUGCUUCUGGGCGUCGUUCGAGUUCGCCUUCCUCCCCGCACCCUCCCCCGCCGUCCUCUACUUCGACGCGGCCGUGGGCCUCGCCUUCCUCGUGCACGCCGCGCUCACCUUCGUCGUCGCGUACCGCUGCUCCGCCACGCUGCGCCUCGUCACCUGCAAGCGAAGGAUCGCCCUCAGGUACCUUCGCGGAGGGUUCCUCUUCGACGUGCUCUCGUCCGUACCCUGUAACUUAAUCUACUAUUGGGCCACCGGCGCGCCGGCGGGCGGCGCGCUGGGCUACGCGUUCCGCGGGCUGGUGUGCCUGCGGCUCUACCGCGUCGUGCACUUCUACCGCGCGCUCUCGCUCCUCGGGCGCGCGAACCGGCCGCUGUACUUCGGCAUCCGCAUCUUCAAGCUCGUGCUCAACAUUGUUCUCGCCUCGCAUCUCUUCGCAGUGGCCUACUUCUUCCUCACGCUCAUGGAGCCCGACCCCGCCGCCACGUGGAUCGGGCAGGGCGUGGGCGCGGACUGGCCGUCCCAGCCGGUGUUGCUACAGUACAUCGCCGCCAUGUGGUGGUCCAUCUUCGUCAUCACCAGCAUCGGCCCCGCGUACACGGCCGUCACCACGGCGGAGCAGAUCUUCUGCUGCUUCUACGCGCUCUUCGGCAUGGCCGCCCUGGCGUACACGCUAGGAACGCUCACGAUGCUGAUGGUGAAGGAGUCGAGCAAGACCAUGCAAUACCACGAGGACAUGGCGGCGCUCAAGGCUUACGCGGCGCGCACCAACCUGCCCUCCGACAUGGAGAAGCAGCUGCGGCAGCAGCUGCGCGUGCAGCUGCAGAUGGGCAAGAGCGACACCUCCACCUUCCUCGCGCACAUCCCCGCGCACCUGCGCGCCGCCGUCUCGCGCCAGCUCUACCUGCCCAUUGUGGAGAACCUCGACGGCUUCUCGCUCUGCUCCAAGCCCUUCCUCAAGCAGCUCGUGGCGGAGAUGGGUGUGCACACAGUGAUGCGCAACGACGUGGUGACGUCAGAGGGCGACGUGGCCGCGCACCUGUACAUCGUGCUGUCAGGCAAGCUCGUGCGCGAGGACGGCCCGCAGUCAGCGUUAGAGGAUGGGCGCUCUGCCUUCCUCAGUGCGGGCGCGGUGUUCGGCAAGACGGCCGUCAUGUGCGGCGUGCCGCACCUCUUCACCGUGCGCGCCCUGGAGCACUCCCAGCUCCUGCGCCUCUCCUCCUCUGCUUUUUCCGCCAUCGCUUCCGCCUACCCCGCGGACGCCGCCCUCCUCUUUUCCACGCUGCGCAACACCAUCUCUGGCGCGCCCUCGCUCGCCCGCGCGCCCUCGGAGCACGCGGUGGCACAGGGCCUGCCCCGCGGGCUGCCCGUGUGGAUGAGCGUGGGGGCCACGCCCGAGGGGCCCCAGAAGGGGGGAAUGGGCGGGCAGCAGCAGGUGCAGCUGGAGUCGAUCGCCGUGCAUGGGGGGGACGGCGACCACGUGGCGGCGGUGUGCAGCGCUGCUAGCGCUGGCCGCGUGGACGAGCUCUGCAGCCUGCUGGCAGGCAAACCGGCGCUGGCCGUCUGCCACGACUACAACGGGCGCACACCACUGCACGUGGCAGCUGCCUAUGGCCACGUGGCGUGCAUCAGCGCACUGCUCAAGCACCGCGGGGUGGACAUCAACGCCCUGGACCGUUGCGGCGCCACACCUCUCCUGGAGGCGGUGAAGAACGGCCACAGCAGGGCAGCAGAAACACUGCAGGCAGCCGGCGCGGCCCUCCUGCUCAAAGACGCCGGGGCCACCCUCUGCCGCCUCGCUGCUGCUGCUGCUGCUGCUGCUGCUGCUGCUGCUGCUGCUGCUGCUGCUGCUGCGGCAUCUGGUCCCAUUCCCCGCACCACCACCUCCUCCUCCCCUUGCCUCCCCGCCACCCCUGCUGCUGCCCCCUCCGCUUCCUCCUCUGCUGUCAACUCCCCUGCCAUCCCCGCCCUCUCCUUGUCCACGUCAGCAGCAUCCUCCACGUCAGCGUCUCUGCUUCGCUCCCUGUCAAGCCGGGCAAAGGUGAACAGUGGCAGCAGCAGGGGCGGCGGCAGCUUGGAGUAUCUGCAGCGGCUGCUGGCAGCGGGAGCGGAUGUGAGCGCGCAGGACUAUGCAGGAUGCACGGCCCUGCACGUGGCUUGUGCCAAUCGCAGCGCGCCCGUUGCCAAGCUGCUUAUGGCCCAUGGAGCAGACCCCCACUUGGAGGACGUGAGUGGGAACACGCCCUAUGACCUGGCCAGGGCAUCGGGGGUCCCUGAGCUGCUGGACCUGCUGGAGAUCCAACUAGACAGCCAGCCCUCCACCCCCACUGAAGCCUCUGCUCUUGCAGGGAGCUGUAUUGGUGGUUGCGUUUCAAGGGGACAUCUCUUUGAAACCCUGCAGAAGUAGUGUAUGGAUGGAUGUGUGCUGUGUAUUAUGGGAUGCUUUUGCAGCUGUGUAUCAUGCUUUGUUUGUUGUAGUGUAAUGCAUGCUUGGUUGGUGAACCAACCGGCAGAUGUGUGAGUUAUUCGUGCAAUGUAUUAUUAGCUGUAAUAAUCAAAUGUUAACAUGAAU